AUGAACCCAUUUGUUAAUUUAUUUAUUCAACAUUCAAAAAAACAAAUUUUUUUAAAUAAUAAUAAAAAUAAUAUUUUAUUAAAUUUUAAUAGUAAACUUUAUAGUACUAUAACAUAUAAAAACAAUAAUAAUAAUAAUAAUAAUCAAAUUAUUAAUAAUAAAACAAUAAUGAAAAGAAAGAAUAAUGAAAUAAUUCAAACUGAAGAGGAUGAUGAUAAUGAUAAUGGAGGAAUUCAUGACUGUGAUAGUUGUGAUGAAGUUGAUAAUGAAGAAAUUAUUCCCGAAUCCCCUCCAUCAAAAAAGUUACAACAACAACAACAACAACAACAACAACAACAAUCUAAAUUAAAACCAAAACAAACCUCUAUAACUGAUUUCUUUUCNCCAACUGUAAAAACUUCAAAAGCUGAUAAAAUAUCACCUUUUUUUUCAAACGUUAAUAAUGCAUCAACUACAAAUACAACCACUAAUAAUAAAAAUGUAAAUAAAAAAACAACAACAACAACAACUACAAAAAAAAGAAAUAAUAAAGAUGAAGAAAAUGAAGAUGAUAAUGAAGAAGAAGAAGAAGAAGAAGAAGAAGAAGAAGAUAAAAAAUCAAAGAAAAAAACUACGACAACUACAACAACAACAACAACAACAGCAUAUAAAAAGAAAAGUUCACCAAAAAAAAAAAAAGUUAAUCCAACAGAAAAUAAAUUUUCAACAAUUAAUUAUAAAGAUGAUCAAUAUGUACAAAAGGAAGAGUAUAGUUCAAGUAAAAAAGAGAAAUUAGAGAAUGUAAAGAUUGGUGGUCAUGUCUCAAUCAAGAAUGGUUAUCCAACAUUAAUUCAAUCGGUUGUUGCUCAAGGUUUUAAAGCUGUUGCAUUCUUUACCAAUCCACCACGUACUUGGAAACAUCAUACAGUCAAAUUAGAUGAUAGUAUUAAAUUUAAACAGUCCUGUAAAUCUCUAAAUUUCGAUGUUAAUUGUAUCUUACCACAUGGCAGUUAUUUCUUAAAUUUAGGUUCUCCAAAUAAAGAAAAUUUACAAAAAUCAAGAGAUUUAAUGAUUCAUGAAAUGAAAAAUUGUGAAAUAUUAGGAGUUAAACAUUUUAAUUUUCAUCCAGGAUCACAUUUAAAUGAAAUUAGUGAAUCAGAAUCAAUAAAGAUAGUUGCUGAAUCAUUGGAUUAUAUUUUAGAGAGAACUAAAGAUGUUGUUGCAGUCAUUGAGUGUACAGCUGGUCAAGGUACAAAUUUAGGUUACACAUUUGAACAUUUACGUGACAUGAUUGCAUUGGUUAAGGAUAAAACAAGAGUUGGUGUUUGUUUAGAUACUUGUCAUAUGUUUGCUGCAGGUUAUAAUAUUUCAACAAAGAGUAAUUGUGAUGUGAUUUUCCAAGAGUUUGAUAAAGUGGUUGGUUUCAAAUAUUUAAAAGGUGUUCAUUUAAAUGACUCAAAAUCAACUUGUGGUUCAAAACUUGAUCGUCAUGAAAAUAUUGGUAAAGGUCAUAUUGGAACGCCAUGUUUCAAAUAUUUAGUAAAUGAUAAACGUUUUCAAAAUAUUCCAAUGAUUUUAGAAACUGUUGGUCCAUAUGAUCAAGAAGUUAAAUUAUUAUAUUCAUUUAUUGAAGAUGAUGAUAAAAAAUAA